AUGGAGUCAGUGCCCCCCAAAACGCAGGUGCGCCAUUGAACCCACCCAGUCCUGGCAUUUGCGAGCAGGAGACGUGGCUGCCCAAGCGGGGGAGGAGCGUAUUGCUUCGCUCGCGGACGCGCUGAGGUUUUUCUGGGGGGCGGGGCUAUGCAAACGAAGUGGAUUCCCGCGAGGGCUGCCGGGAAAACAGCUGACACUGCUCCCGCGUGAGCGAGCCGCGGCAGAAGAAGCAGGUGAGGAUCGCCUUCCGGGCAGGGGGAGGGGGCUGGAUCUGAGUUUUGCUCCGGCAGAUCCUCGGGCUCCAGAAAGCGGAAGGAAGUGGCUGCGGGCUGCAAUGGCCCGUGGCCCCCGCUGGGCCGUGGCGGACCUAGGGUGAGCCCUGAAGCUCGAACUGGGCUGGGGGAGCCCUUAAGCAAUGAGGUCUCCGCUGUGACCUUCUUCAAUGGGGUUGUUCCACGGCGGAUCGCUGCAUUUUUAUUUUUUUUAAAUUAACUACUACAUCUUAGAUUUUGAUUAAAAUGGCUCUUCUGGGUUAUCUCACUCGCCCAAGUCACUGGGGUGAAUGAAAAUGCCCAGUGCCUUAUAGUUUUCAGGCCCCACGUUGGGCAAAAAGUUCCUGCCUUGUGGGGGUUGGGCUGGAUGACCCUCGGAUCCCUUCCAACUUGACCAUUCUAAGAUUCUACCAUUCUUUUUUCUACUUUUUCGCAUCCUGAUAGUUGCAAAGUUAUUUUCUGGAGACAAUAUGCAGAAAGAAUUUAAGCGCUCUUCGGCAGAAUGGCCAACUUACCGCCUUUACGACAUCUGUGCUACUGACUCCCAAACUUUGGGAUUGUCGAAAUAGAUACCACCCGAAAUGAAUGUAUUUGAGUUAUGUGACUCAAAUCGGGUCAGCUGGACCCAGUUUUUAAAAGCAAUGUGGACUCAAGUCGCUUCUGGGGCUCCUUUGGGAUUCUGGGCCCUGCAGCUCAAGCUCCAUUCGUUUUAUAAAAGAUCUGCUCCUGCCACUUUACCUGGGAAGGGAGGUCAGCUUCUAUAACCAAACACUUCUGUUUCCUUAUUGUUUCAUACACACGGCCCAAGGCUUGCUCAACCUCCCUCCGCACCUCCCCUUAUGGAUUGCCUUCUCACAACAGCCUGUGAGGUGGGUUAGGCUGAGAGAGGCAACUACUCCCCCACACAACAAGGUCACCUAGGGAGCUUAAGGACUGGCUUUUCGGAGAGGGAGCGGGAUCUGAACUCGGGUCACUCCCAAGUCCUAGUCCUCAUUAAAUUGUGAGUUAGGUUAGGCUCAGAGAAGGCGACUGGACCCCCAAGGUUGUCAGCAGGCAGGAUGGGACGGGGGUUUGAAUCCCCUGGGCUGGUUCCCUUUAUAACUUUUUCUGCAGAGAGCUGGUGAACGUGAGAUCAGCUCUCUUGUGAUGCUCAAACUCAGGGUUGAGCAGAUCCGACUUGGUUCCAGGCACCCAAAGAAAGGACUUUUUUUUUAUGUAACACAAUAGUGGCUUACAGAACUCCUUGCCACAAUACCUGGUGACGGCCACUGCCUUAGGAGGCUUUGAAAUGCACAGAGGAGGGGAGAUCUGCCGUUACCUACACGCUCAGUGAGACUUACAUGCUCAGGGACAGUCUAUCUCUGAGUACUUUUUACCUUUAUGGCCUGCUUAGGGCUCCCUGGAAGCCCCUGGUUGGUGGAUGUGUGGAAAGGAGGCCGGUGGGCUGUGUGGACUUUUGGCCUGAUAAACCUGCUGGGCUUUAACUGCCUCUUGAACUGAAGCCCAAAACAGCCCUCCUCCACCGGGAUUAGAGCCCUGGCUGCCUUUUUGCUCUUGCCUCUGGCAACCUGCCUCUCCUCAUAUCAUGCGUGGGCCAAUUGCACCACCCAACCCGUUUCAUCUUGCUGCGGAGGAAUUUGCCACCCUCAGAUGAGAGAUUAUUAAGCGGCCUCUUUUUCCAGGCUUCAGGGUGCCAGGAGAGAGAUUGUCUUCCUCGUUUUCAGAACCGCCGACAAAAAUCCAAAUACCCCUUCAAAGUGAAAGGAGCAGGUUUUUAAUCCCUAAAGCAUGCUCUUUCAUGAGAACACAGGAAGAUCCCGGAGGUUCUUUGGAUCAGACUGAAGAGGACCCCACCUAGCCCAGCAUCCAGUUCUACCAGGGGGCCCUGAGAACCUUAUAAAUCCAGAUAGACUGCCUCUGAACCUGGAGGUUCCAUAAGAAGAGCCUGGCCCAGAGGGACUCAACUCGUCCAGCCUCCUGUUCUCACAGUUGGCAGGCCAUAUGGGAAACCCACAAGCGGGAUCUGAGUGUAAGGGCUGCACUCUCCCUUCCUGCAGUUUCCAGCUGCUGGGAUUCAGAUGCGUAGACUCCUACAACACAAAGAGUUGCCCUGCCAGGCCUCAGAUUUCCCUCUAAGUUAAGUUGUCCUUCCUUGCACCCAGUACCAGGCAUACUCAGAUCAAUUGUGGCUGAUCAGUGGGGUGGGGUUGCGCUCUGCACUUGCUUGACAUUACUCUCAUUUCUUUGCAUGGCCUUCACUUGCACCAGGAGUUGGGCAUGCAUAGGGGGCAUCUCCCAGAGUCCUCUGCGGUGCCUGGGCAGUGGCACCCCCGGCAGCAGUCACCCCUCUAAAACUGCCGCUGCCUCUCUGCUUUCCAGAACACUUUCCUCCCGUGGCCCAGCGGCUGGCGAGACCUCGAGAUGCAGACCGAGUCCCUUUUGCACAGUGGCUAUUUUCACCCCACCCUCCGCUUGUGGCAGGCGACGGCCGCUAGCUUCCGCGCAGCCAACCUCAUCUACCCCAUCUUUGUGACGUGAGUCUCUCGGCUGUUUCCUAACUGGGGUGGGCCCUGCUGGGUCUGAGCCAGUUGGGUCUUUUCUGACGUCCUCGACUCCCGCCUGGCACCUUCAUGGUACACCUUUAGGCGCCAGGCAAAAAUGUUCCUCUUUAACCAGGCCUUUGGCUGACGGGCAUCCGAUGCCCUUUUAAAUCUGUUGUGUGGAAGGGGGUUAUUGGUUUGCUUUUGUCCUUAUUUUUAUCGUGCAGUUUGUGUUUUCGUGUUGCAAUUUGGUGUUGUGAACCGCCCUGAGAUCUGCGGGCAAUAGAAAUUUAAUAAGUAAUAAUAAUAAUAACUAUUAAUUUUAGCAUUUGGUCAUCCCACAGGGCAGUAUCCUUAACUCUAUAUUUGUAGGGUGGUCAGGGGCUGAGGGACCACGGCUUGCCUACAGCCACCUUGUGAGCUUGUGACGGGAGGGUGGGGUAGGGGGAGCAGCUUAAUUUGGCCCUUCCUGAUCCCUGGCUAUUAGCCACAGUUCUGACUGAUCCCUGGGGUUCUCUUCUAUUCUGCCUUUCAGCAAACUGCAUUCCCACCUUCUCUUGGGGCACAAAGCCUCCCAACCUAGAAAACCUCCUGUUCCUGGUUUGGGGGGAGGUUGGCAGCCCUCUGUUUUCCUGGGGGCUACAGGCUUCCCACAACGAUGGCACUGUCAGGUGACGGCAAAGGAAUGUCCCUUGGCGCUGAGCCUGUCUCUGGCUGCGCUGGGUCUCCCGACCUUGCUGCCAGGAUCCUCUCCAGCUCCCACUUCCUCUAUUUAACUUUUUCAGGGACAGCCCAGAUGCUGUGGAGCCCAUUGCCAGCCUGCCUGGUCAAGCCCGGUGAGUGAACACGUCGCAAUGUAGGGAACUGCCUUACGCUGAGCCAACCCUGGAUCUGCCUGGGCCAGCAUUGUCGAUUCUUGAGAGGGUCUUGGGGAGAUGCGGGUGGGGAGGCAGCUCCCCAGUCCUACCCGAGAGCCCCAUUGCGGAGGUGCUGUGGGUGGGGUGCUGAAGUUGGCACUUUCUGUAUACAAACCUCCGUUCAUUUUUUCUUCCCCGUAUUGCCUGCCUGAGUCAAUGCAGCUCAGACUCCAGAGGAAGGGCAGCAAUGUGCUUAUGUUUCCAGCUGCCUUUGCCCCAGACUUCUCUGGCCCCCACGAGAUAAGGGCUCCCAAUGGGCAGAGCCAGAAGCUGAUGCUUGCCUCCACCCCACUGUGCCUUCCUGAGAUAAAACCUCUUUUGUUGCAGUUGCAGCUUGGAGAUGAGAGAUAACAAGGUCCACCCCAAGGCCCCGGCCCACUCAUUGGGCUGGGGGGACAGAGUGCUGUGCCUGGCCCGCCCUUCUCAUGGCUUGGGAGCCUUUGCUGCUCUGUGAGGCCGUGGCUUUGACCUGAGAAAGUUUCUCCGAGGGAAGUAGCUGGUCUGACCAGGGGUGGACUUUUGUAAUCUGGUGCCCUGAGGGAGGACAAAAUAUGGUGCCUUCCCUUUCUUAUUUUCAUACAAUAAUUCCUUUUGGUAGAGUUGCGUUUCUCCUCUGUAAGUCCCCUUAUAAACAUAGGUAUUACUGUUAUUUUGAUGGUGUGGUUUUGCGCCCCCUUGGCUUAUGGGGAGAACUGCCCUAAACCUGACACUGGCCUGAGGAGGAAGGGAUAUUUGCUCUAGUGGUUCUGUGUGCCUUGAGUGGGGGAAGAAGCACAGCAGUGUAAUGCAAUGGAAUCGGCCUGCUUAAGCCAACAGACAACCUCUCUGCUUCUGCGGUUUCAUCUUUUUGAAAACCUAAUACAAACUAUUUUCAAGAAGAAGAAGAAGAGAGAAUGCAUGGGGCUUUCAAUCACUCCGUGACACAUCUUGCAGCUUCAGGAGCUGUGUUCCAGUGAUGCCACUGGCUGAGGAGCGGGGAGCAAUGAACAGGGGCCCAGGGAUGCCAUCCUAUCCUGCUUGCCAGGCUUCCCAUCUGGUUGCCCCCCUGGUGCAGUGGGCGCUCUUACCUGUUGACCUGACAUGCCUGAUAAAAAACUAAGUGGAACAUCCAUGUCCCGAGGCAGCAUACCUUAAAACUGCCAGGUGGUGGAGGCAAAUAACUGGGGUGGAGGAGGCUUCUGCCCUCAAUCUCUUCUUUUGGGCAUGGGGUUUGGGCAGCUGCCUGGCCUCCACGGGAGAACCAGACAGAGGACUUUGCUUUGCUCAUCAAUCUCCUUUUGGUCUCUCUCUCUCUCUCUGCCCCCGCCCCCCACCCCCCAGUUAUGGGGUCAACAGGCUGGAAGAGAUGCUGCGUCCCCUUGUGGCUGAUGGCCUGAAGUGCAUUCUGAUUUUUGGGGUCCCAAGCCGAGCCGUCAAGGUGGGUAAAGGGGGUGGAGGCACCCUGGCAGUUUCAGUCAUAUGUUCAAUUAGAUUAGCUUCCAUCCACAAAUCCUGCACCUGGCUGCUGAGAUCCAGCCCCAGUUAACAUUUUGCCGGCUGCAGUUUCACCACCUUCCUCCUGCCUGCCCCUCCACCCCCCCCCCGCCACAGGACGAGCGUGGAUCUGCGGCCGAUGCCAAGGACACCCCUGUGAUCCAGGCCAUUGCCACGAUCCGUGCCUUGUUCCCUGAGCUGCUGAUUGCCUGCGACGUCUGCCUGUGCCCUUACACCUCCCACGGGCACUGUGGUAAGUGCUGCUGGAGGGGAGCAGGAGCAGGAUCCCCACUUCUUGUCCCAGGGCCUAGGAGAGAGGGAUUGCCCCUCAAAUUCUGCCAUGUGUAUUGCAUUAAAUCAGGGUUUUGCAAAUCUGGGUCUCCAGGUUUUUUUUUGUGGGAUGUAAGGGAAGCAAGGGAUGUAAGGCCUGCAUCUCCUAAGGCUCCCCCCUCCUCUCACACACUUUUUAUCUCUCUUGAAAUAUGGCUGCUAUUACGUCACUACAGCACACUUUUUAAACAACGCAUGGGUGAAAAAUGGUUUUCCUGGUUUGCUUCUGGUGUUUGCUUCCAAGUGUCCUCAGGAACGCCAGUGGAAUUUGGGGGGCAGUGUGUUUGUGUGUGUGUUGAGGGGGUGGAAUAGGGAGAAAUUGGACCCCCAGAAUCUUGACUGCUGCCCUUGCCCUUUCAGGCAUUCUUCGGGAAGAUGGCACCCUCCAGAACGAGACCAGCUGCCAGAGGCUGGCUGAGGUAGCUCUGGCCUAUGCCAAGGCAGGUGAGAGCACAGUUGGCUGCCGAGUCCCAUCAAAGGCACUGCGCAGGUGCCACAGGAAUGACACUCCAGACGGACAUGAGACUGGAAGACAGGUCUCUCUGCUGCAGGAAGUGGCAGCGGCUGCUUAGCUGAGGGAGUGUAAAAGUUGGGUUAGGGCAAAACUCUGAGGGGAGGCAACUCUUGGUUAUGACAUUAAGCAGAACCUCCAGGUUCAGAGGCAGCCUACCUCGGAAUGGCAGCUGUUUGGGGGCUGUUGCUAGGUGAGGAGAGAGGCCUUUGCCCUGAUUGAGCAUGGCUCCUUUUGUGUGGUGGGUGGGCUCCUGGGGAACCUGGCGGCCAAGGGAGUCCGUCUAUCAGGGCUGGAGUCAGAUGCAAGUCAGCAAGAAAGGAUGUGAAUUUCUGAUGCCAUUGAAGUUAACUCUUUAUUCUAGGAAACGGCAUACAGCAACCCUUUCCCAGCAGGUCUUGCCCCUAUAGAGCAGGUGUCAGGACUGAAGGGCCCUGCCUUCUACCAACCUUAAGCUCCUCCUCUCCCAGAAAUCUCUCAAGCAUCUCAGACUGUGUUUGCACACCUCUGGCCUCUGUUCUGCCCUUCUGCAUGCUAUUGGAGACCAGCGGGAGGGGAGCUUGUUGUAGCAGGAGAGGGAGACUACCCGGGUUCUUCAGCAACCUGUUGACCCCCCCUCCUCUGCUUCAGCCUCAGAGUCUGAACUGCUCCGUGUCACCAUGUCUCCCUGCUCACCAAACCCUGUUUCCCCCUCAGCAUCUGUCUCCUUCUCCCACAAAUCUUCUCCUUCCAACCUCUCCUCUGUGUCCCACCACCAAUCCUCCGGCUCUGAGCCUUCCUCCUCUGGGGGUUCCCUUGGGGGGUUCCCUGGCUGGUGCCUCCCACCACUCCUCUUUGCCAGCCCGUCCCUGGCAGUGGUCCACCCUCAGGUCCCCUGAGCCACCACCCAUCUUCCUCCUCCAGGAUGCCAUAUCGUGGCCCCCUCGGACAUGAUGGACGGGCGCAUUGGCGCCAUCAAGCAGGCCUUGGUCUCCAACGACUUGGGCAACAAGGUGAGCCAGGAACGAGCCCACACCCUCCCUUGGCAGACCUUCUCACAGAGCCCUCAAGGGUCGUGGUGCCUUUACUAGGCCGACCGGAGGCCCUCUGAGGUUGCCAUGGCAACGACUUACCUCGAUGGGCCUGCAGGGCCACAGAUUAGGGGUGGAGGGGAAUGGAUGCGAUUCCCUCCCUGUGCCUCCUCAGGAGAGAUUGUGAGGGGCCUGGCAGGCAGGGGGCAGGAGAUCCUGUGUGGGUUUUUUUAAAAAGCCCUUUAGAGAGCAAACCUCCCUCACCUUUCCUCCUUGUCGGCUGCAGGUUUCCGUCCUGAGCUACAGUGCUAAGUUUGCUUCCUGCUUCUACGGCCCCUUCAGGUGAGAAAAUGAGAAGAGCCGUGAGGCUGGGUCAGGCCAAUGGCCCAUCUAGUCCAGCAUCCUGUUCUCACAGUGACUGAAACUCACAGACAGGAUUUGAACACCAGGGCAUACUCCCUACCCAUGGUCUCCAGAAACUUGGAUUCAGAAGCAUGACUGCCUCCAGCUACGGAGCCCGAGCUAGUAGCCAUUAGCAGCCUCCUCCUCCAUGAAUUUGUCUAAUCCUCUUUUAAAGCUAUCCGUGUUGGUGGCCCUGGCUGCCUCCUGCAGGAGGGAGUUCCAUAGAUUAACAACGGAACUUUCCUUUUUCCAUCCUGAAUCUUCCAGUGUUCAGCUUCGCUGGAUGUCCACCCGUUCCAGCUCAAGGAGAGAGGGAGAAAUAACCUCCCUCUGUCCACACCAGGCCUGGAAUUGCAAAGUUCUGCCAUGUCACCUCUUUCCUGUUUUUUCUCUGAACUAAAAAGUCCCAAAGGCUGCGGCCUUUCCUCUUAGCGGAGGCGCUUCAUCCCCUUGAUUGUUUUGGCCGACCCUUUUCUCAAGCCUUCUCCAGAUCUGCAAUAUCCAUUUUGAGGCGAGGCGACAUACGCUGUAUCAGCCCUUGGGAGGGGAGGGGAGGGCGAAUUGCAGGGGUUUGUGGCCCAGCAGGUGUUGCUGGGCUGCAAGUCCCACCUGCCCUGGCCUAGGCUGUUCUUUCUGGGGCUAAUGGGAGGUGUGUUUCAGUGUACAUCUGGUAGACCAAGGGCUGCCCACAAUCACUACUUGGAGGUCUCAUGGGUGAUUUCACAGGCUCGAUCCUUUUUUGUCCUUUCUGGUUCCACGCAGAGAUGCAGCCCAGUCCAAGCCUGCUUUUGGAGACCGGCGAUGUUACCAGCUCCCUCCGGGGUCGCGGGGCUUGGCCUUACGGGCUGUGGUGAGUCACCCCCCCUCCAUUCCCUGAAAGAUGGAACAGACCCCCUCAGGAGGAGCCGGAUGCUUCUUCCUUCGAGAGCCAGCGUGGUGUAGUGGUUAAGAGCGAUAGACUCAUAAUCUGGGGAACCGGGUUCGCGUCUCCGCUCCUCCACAUGCAGCUGCUGGGUGACCAUGGGCUAGUCACACUUCUCUGAAGUCUCUCAGCCUCACUCACCUCACAGAGUGUUUGUUGUGGGGGAGGAAGGGAAAGGAGAUAGUUAGCCGCUUUGAGACUCCUUCGGGUAGUGAUAAAGCGGGAUAUCAAAUCCAAACUCUUUUCUUUCCUUGGAAGUUUUUAAGCAGAGGUUGGGUGGCCGUUGCACAGGGUUUGACUUGGUGACCCUUUGGGGACCUUUCCACUUCCCAUUGUGCAAUUCUGUGCAAAACCACUAGAUGUGAUUCCUUUAUUUCAGGGGGUUGGACUAGAUGAACCUCGGGGGGGGGGCCCUAAAGACUCUACAGCUUUGUGAUUCUUACCGUCCUAGCUUCCAGCUGUGAACACCGGGGGGAAGGCACUACUGGGGGUGGAAGAGGAGAAGGAGGCUGCUGGUGGGAUGAACCCAGACUUCCCUUCAACUCAACACAGCGAUCCUCUUAGUGGAUUUAGUGCGUCUGAGAAACAGGGAUUAAGGCUGAGCCUGCUGCUUAGGGGGCUCUACCUUGGCUCCAGCGACCUCCAGGCCUCUCUGCGCGUCCUUCGUUCCUCCUUGCUCUGCCCCAGUUCCUCAGGAACAGGCCACCCCCACCCCGCCUCGAGGUGCUGCGGCAAAACCAGACUCGCUGGGCUCCAAAAUGGCCUGUCCCUGGCUCCUGCCUCGGUGGUGGGCUGCACUCUUGACCUGUUAUGAAGUCCCAGGUUCGACCGAAGUUCCCCCAGAGAGCGCCUGGAAGGCAGCCAGAGCGAGCCACCCUUGGGCAGCUUGAUCUGCGUGCAGAAUCCGCUUUGGAGGGCAGCGGCUUGGCUUUCUUCUCCUGUGGCCUCUUUCCCACCCCUGUGAUCAAACGGUAGCAAAUAAAAAGCUUGUUGGACUGUAGUCCCCGAAGCUGGCCUGGGUCAGAGCCCCAGCACGGAUGGCUCCAGGGUCUGGCCUGGUUUGAAGCAGUUGGCCUCCAUUCUCCCUCCUUAUGUCUGUCUGCCAUAGCAUAAGAAGAGCCUGCUGGAUGAGGCCAGUGGGCCCUGUACCCCAGCACCCUGUUCUCACAGGGGCCAACCAGGUACCUGUGCGAAAACCUGCAAGCAGGAUCCGAGCACAAGAGCCCUCUCCCCUCACUGUGGUUUCCAGGAACUGGUACCAUCUCAUCUAACCCCCUGCAAUGCAGAUGGCCAUCCAACCUCUGGUUAAAAACUACCUGUGAAGGAGAGUCCAUCACCUUCCAAGGCUGUCCAUUCAGCUGUUAAACAGCUCUGUUUUUUCUCCAUAAGAAGCUCCUUUCUUGUUAUUUGAACCCAUUGGUUCAGGCCCUACCUUCUGGGGCAGCAGAAAACAAGCUAGCUCCGUUUUCCAUGUGACGGCCCUUCAGAUAUUUGAAGGUGGCUCUCGUAUCUCUUCUCAGACUCCUCUUUACCAGGCUAAACAUCGCCAGCUCCCACCACCACCCCUCAGUAGGCUUGGUUUCCAGACCCUUGUUCAUUUUGGUUGCCCUCCUCUUCACAUGCUCCAGCUUGUCUAUCCUCCUUAAAGCCAUGUGCUUUUAAGUCAUGUGAUUUAAAUGUAUAGCUUGUAUGCAGGGCUGGAAUGAACUGUGAACAUACAGGAAUGAGCUAGAUCGGCAUCCUUGAAAUGUAGCCAAAUAAGCUUACUUUCCAAUUCAACAAAUUCUAAUCCUAAACGUAAUAUGAAGCAUGGGGGAUGGGGAAGAAACUGCCUUAUUUGGAAACGCAAAAGGAGCUUUUCCCAUGCCAGGUACAGUUUUGUAAAAUUCUGUCAUGUUGCAUCUUCCUUGCCUUUGCUCGAAACUCGGAAGUCCCCAACACUGCAACCUGUUGAUUGCUCGACCCCUCGAUCAUUUCGGUUUCCCUUUCCCAACUCCCUCUGCUGUGUGCUUUUUCUCUGUACGUGGCCAUCCCCUGCCAGGACCGAGACGUGCGGGAGGGAGCAGACAUGCUGAUGGUCAAGCCCGGAAUGCCUUACCUUGAUCUCGUGCGGGAGGUGAAGGAAAAGGUAAGCUCCCUGCUCCCCAGAAUGGGUGGGAGGGGAGACCCCCGCCCCCACUGGGUGGGCCUCAGCAGCAUCUUGGCUGAGAAAAGGGGAAAGGCAUCUGUCUCGGCUGAUGUGCACCUGUGUCUUUACAGCAUCCCAGCCACCCGCUGGCCGUCUACCACGUCUCUGGAGAGUUUGCCAUGUUGUGGCACGGAGCGCAAGCUGGGGCUUUUGACCUGAAGGCUGUGGUGAUGGAGGCCAUGGCUGCAUUCAGAAGAGCAGGUGAGAGAGGAAGGGGAGUAGGUGGGGGUGGAGGGGGCUGCCGUGUCACAGGGAAAGACAUCCCCUGUGGCAAAAGGGGUACUUUCCCUGGCCUCCCUCCCAGGUCUUGAAACCUUCCAUGGGAUGCCCUUAAGUGCUUUCCAUCAGAUGGGGUUACAGUACGUACUGAAAUCAGGAAUGCUGGGCAGAUGGGUUCCAUUGUUUCUGCUCCAUAUUGAUCCAGAGCAGACCGCAAUGUACAGUAAGCAGAGUGAAAACUUAAAACAUAUUGCAGGAUUCCAAAUAACUCAGAGGCAAAGAACUUCUUCCAGCAGAGUUUGCUACUGAAGGCAAAUGAGCAUAACAGUCACAAAUCCAUACAUCUUCGGCACGGUCCAUAAGAAAUCCAGUUGCAGCAGACUUAACUUAAACUUACAAAAGACCUUAAUAUUUAGCAUACCAUAUACAGAACACCAUACCAGAAGGAAAGAGAGACAGAUAAUGAAACCCAGGCUCCUUCUGGCCUUAUUAUUAUAGUCAGCAUGACCUUGAGUGAAAGAGUUAACAGAACCAGUUUAAACCAGCUGCUCAGCUUCUCUGAAGGAAUAACCCAAACAUCAGGAACCUUCUUCCUGUUUGUAGGCAGAAUAGAAGCUUGCUUGUUAGCUAGAAACUUCCAGCUUGUAUCACACAGAGAAGCUUGCAGAACCCUCUUGAAUCAAUUGGAAUAGGAAAGAUCUCUACACUGUAAACCAAUACUUUCUGUACCACAAAAUGCAUACUGACAAUAGGAAGGGCUCUGCAGCUGGAUCAGGCCAAAGGUUCAUCCUUGAUCCAACCACAUACCUGCUCGGUGAGACGCCCACAAGCACAACACGGCCUCUGCAGCAGCAAUUUUGCCCCUCGUGGGACUGCCCCUGUCCCUGCAGCAGGUGGGACUCAUAGACAUGCUGCCCCGAUCCUGGGGCGACGCACAGCCACCUCCAGUCACUUGGUGCUCCCUGGUGCCACAGAGCCCCUUCAGGAGCAAGUGGAGAAAAUGGGCUCCCCAUCGGAUUUUCCGAAAGCAAAACCGCAUCAUCCACAAAUGCUCUGAAUUUAUAAGCUUGAGGGGGGGAGAUUCAUACAGUAUUCUGCAAAUACUGCAAAAACCCGCGAGCAGGACCCAAGCACAGCAGCCACUCUCUCCUCCUGUGGUUUCUCGCAGAGCAUAGCCAUUGUGGCUACUAGCCACUGAUAGAUCGCCUUCUCCUCCACAACUUUUUUGAUCCUCUCUUAAAGCCACCCAAUUUGGCUCCUGGGGGAGCGCGUUCCAGAGUUUAGCCCUGCCUUGCGCUAUGAAGCGCUUUCUCUUAUCUGUCCCCAAUCUUCCAACUUUCAGCUUCAUUGGAUUUCCACAAGCAGCAUGAGGAGGAUGGAGAGAAGCGAUGAAAGAGACUAAAAGCAGAUGAAUUAAGAGGGGCUGCCCUCAGACCUUUGGGAGGCAAGCAGAAUAAACUGAGGGAAGGCAUUUGCAAAUAAACUGUGGGUCCUUUUUUUAAGGAAGGAAACUCUUCUCUUUCCAGGGGCUGAUAUCAUCAUCACCUACUACGUGCCUCAGCUGCUCCAGUGGCUGAAGGAAGAACAGGCCUGA